AUGGCGCUGAAGCUGAACGAGGCGGACGACACGCUAGUCAAGGCGUGCUUACCCGCCGCGCAUGAGAUGGCACUGAAGCUCAACGAGGCGUACGACACGCUCAUCGACGACACGCGCCGCGCGUCGUACGAGAAGGAGUGGCGCGACGCGGCCGUGGCGGGGUACGUGGGGUUCACGGGGCAGCCGUGCAGCGCGUGGGCGGCAUCGGAGGGGCAGCAGCAGGCAAUCUUCGUCGACGAGGCGGCUUGCAUCAGUGGGUGGGUGUGA